GCUUGGCAGGCCUCUUGCGCGGGCUGUCUCGCUCUAACUUUAUCAGUCGCUCAUCGACGAGUCUCGAUCAUCCCGCUGUAGACAUGCUGCGCUCCACAGCACUAUGCAUCGCUUUGCUGCAAGCAGCCACCGCAUUGGUCUCCCCAAGAUUUGCUCUCCGCCGGACGCCGCCGCUCCGAAGCACCACGGCUGCCUACGAGCGGGAGCGGACGCCGGUGUUUAACUUCGACGCCGCACCGGAGGCGACGGCGGCGCUCUGGGAAAGAAUUGACGAUGUGGUCAUGGGCGGCGUCAGUAGCUCGAAGAUCGUCGUCGGCGACGGCGGCGCGGAGUGGCGCGGCAUUGUGCGCACGGACGGCGGCGGCUUCUGCGGCACGCGCACGGCGGUCUCGGACAGUGUCGAAUCAAGUUUCCAGCAGCCAGGCACGCGACUCACCGGUUGAUAUUUUCAUGCAGGCCCUCGACGCGCCCCUCGACCUGUCGAAAGCGGACGGCGUCUACGUCGACGCCAUCCUGACCUCGGACGCCGACGUCGCGCGACGGGCCUGGAAACUUACGCUCAGGACGGCGGCGUCGCGGUCCGAGAUCGUGUACUCGGCCGAGUGGGCGCCGCGCGGCCCCGACGGCGUGGGCGGGCCGACGUUCGUUCCCUUCUCGGACUUUAAGCUCGUACGGGGCCCGCGCAUCGUGGAAGGGGCGCCGCCCUUAAAUGCGACGCAGUGCGCCAGCGUCUACGGCUUCGGGCUGACUUUGUCGCGGUUCGGCGCCGCCUCGGUCAAUAUGACCGAGGUCGAGAACUUCCGGGACGGGCCCUUCGCGGUCAAGCUCAACGCCGUCGGCGUCUACGGGGACCAGAAGGUGGACGUGCCCGCGAUCGGCAAGAACGUUCAGGAAUCGAAGCCGAACUCGGCCGGCAGGCCCACUAUCAAGAAUAACGGCUUGAUCCUGGGCCUGGCCCUCACGGUCCUCCGGCCCAUUGCGUCGCUGGUGUUCUCGGAAGAAGGACGAAGAAGGCGCCAGGCGCGGCGGAUGCUCAUCAAGCGCGGUUGUAAAUCGGACUGGGCGGCGCGCGUCUACGGCCAGCGCGUCGUCAAGCGCAUGCGCGGCCUGGGGGCCGGCGCGGCGCGUCUCGAGGGCCUCCGCGAAUUCGCGAAGGACGCGGCGGCCUACGCGUUGUCCUUCCCUUUACGGUUAGCGUUCCGGGCCAUCUUUGGGACCGUACGCCUGAUCCGUCGUCUGCGGGGCAAGAAGGCUUUGCCAGCUCUAUAGACAA